AUGCGGUAUUUCCCGACGAAGCUGUCAACCGCCGGAUUCGUGCUCACGGGUCUCGCGAUCCUGCUUGCUAUCGUAAAUGCCGUCUGCGCCCUCUGUGGACUCGGCAAAGGGGGGCGAAAUGGCUACACGAGCACUCACUGGGUGCGUGCAUCCGUUCUCCUGGCCAUCAUUUAUCUGGCCUUUUUCUUAGGUAGAGACAUUCGCCCCCAGCUCCAACUACCCUUGCACGCUCUUGGGGGCGACGAGACUUUUGCUCAGCUCGCUGCAUUUGCGAACCUGUUUGGCUACCUUGUUUCUGGAACAAUUCUGCAGACCCAAUUCAGGCUGGCCUUUGAUUUAUUCUCCAUACGCGACAAGUUCGCCCACCAAGUUGCCGCUGCCUUUUUCUUCCUCUCGCUGGUGUUGACUCUUUCCGGUUUCAUUUCCACUCAAGUCUGGGAACAUGUCAAAUCUUCCAGUGACGUCCCUGGCUUGCAUCCAUCGGCAUAUGCCAACAACGUCUUGGAAUUCCUGUUGAGCUUUGUGCUCUUCCUGGCAUCGGUGACUACGGUCAUACCCAACACAAGAGGCGGACCGAGAGCGACCGGCGCCAAUGACACGCUGACCCCCAUCUGGGCAUCCGACUUUCUGCUCGCAGCGAAUAUCUUGACUCUCAUUCGGCAAACAUGGACGGUCAUCACGAAUGGCAUGGAUGAUAUUCCUAUGCUGAUUGAUAAACGGCACCCAAGAUAUCCGCCGUACUUCUUCCUCAUUUCGAUGAUUUUUGAUGUCUGCUUUAUGGCCAUAGUAGUAACGCUUCUCUUCCUGAGUGCCAGGUUUGGACUAAGAGGGCGUGAGCAGAUCGAGGAACGACGGCCAGUGUCUUUAGAACAGUAUUCAGAGACCAGGGAGCAUUUGGGGUAG